GGAGCGCGGUACUAUCGCAAACCGCGUUCCGUGGUGGUUUACGACAUAGUGUUUACUGUUUAUUGUUAGAAUAUUCUAUCAGGCUGUGGGCCGACGUGCAAACCAUGGGCUCGAAGAAACAUAAAAAGCACAAGCGCGAACGGCACGAAGCUGAAGGGCACUAUACAACCACGGAUAAACCCUGUACCAUAAAAUUAAUUUUAAAGGUUGGGGGUAACAGUGGGACACCUGAAUACGGUAACGAAUCUCCGAAUCAGGCACCAAUGUUGUCCCAUUUGGGUGUUUACCAACAACAGUUGGGUCUCAACUGUUCUGUAACACAGGAAUCCGAAUAUGAUAGGUAUAUGGGGCAUAAAAAGCUUAAAAAGAAAAAGAAAAAGAAGGAUAAAAGGCACAAGCAUCAUCACAAAGAUAAAAAGAGAAGAAGAGAGGAAUCGAGUCAAGAAUCAGUUGGAGAUGCUGAUGAAAGCUUGGCUGAAAUCCCUAAGAAAAUUCCUAAUCAUCAGUUGUUACCUCCAAGACCACCAUCAAGUGGAGAACAUAGAGUUGGUGUUACCACUCAUAUUAGUUCUCUGUCGCCACAUCGUGAACCUAGAACUUGUGUACUUAGGAAGAUUGCCGAGCGUACUCCACUCCAACGAUUAUUAGAACACCUUCUUAGAUCAAUGGAGAAACGAGAUCCACAGCAAUUCUUUGCGUGGCCAGUCACAGAUAGCAUUGCACCUGGAUAUUCUCAAAUAAUUACUAAUCCCAUGGACUUUAGUACUAUAAAGCAAAAAAUAGACGAUAAUAGUUAUCAAAAUUUAAAUGAAUUUAUAGAAGAUUUCAAACUAAUGUGUGAUAAUGCUACCACGUACAACCAUCCGGAUACCAUUUAUUACAAAGCAGCAAAGAAAUUGUUACAUGUCGGUUUAAAGAUGGUUACACCAGAAAAGCUUCGUCAGUUAAGACCUGUUCUAACUUACAUGCAAGAUAUAUCGAAGGAAGAACUUGGAUUUGAGUUAGGUACAGAAGAUCCUAAUAAUCCAGAUGUUGCAGUAACCGAGGAGCAAAUCGAACGAGAACGGGAACAGGAAGAACGUAACGAAGAAGCCGAGGAACUUAGGAAAGAGAACCAGAGGAAAAUGAGAUUAGCAAAUUUGGGUAAAUUUGAAGCCAUUCCGGAUGACAUGACGCCAGAGGAAAUCUUGAAACAAGCCCGAGGAGCAGCAAAAGCGGCAUCCGAAAAGCUAACGUUAAAGAGGUUGAAUUCUAAGAUGGGUUUCCUUAGGCAGAAGAAAGAUGGAACCACCAGCUUACAGAUUAUAGUACCGGGAGAUGGCGUGAUCCCAGGAACUAAUCAAAGACCAGUAUCAUUAGGUCAACUUAUAGGUAAAUUGAAUCACGGUACAGGAGCGUUAGCAGGAUUUCGUGAGGAUAGAAGAAAUAUGUCAAAACCGGUGAAACCUUUAUACUAUGGUGCCUUUGGUUCUUAUGCUCCAAGUUACGAUUCCACGUUUGCGAAUCUCACAAAAGAGGAAACAGACUUAGUAUAUCAGACAUAUGGUGAUGAAACAGCUGUGCAAUACGCAGAAUCCAUUUUAGACUUUGCUAAAGACUGUGAUUAUACGUUAACUAUGGUCGAUGAUCUGUUGGACAUUCUAACAGGGGGAGAUCAUAGGAAGACCAAGAAGUUCCUUGAGGAAAAACGAAGACUUAAAGAGGAAGAAGAGAAGAUAAAACAUUUGUUAGAGAAACCUAUGCAAGAUGUAAACCGUAAUAUUCCAGCAUUGGACAAUGUUAAAGUUGACAUUGAUCAACUGAAGACUCUGUCAGAGUUAGGAAUUGAUGUUAAUUUCUUGGAGAAUAUAGAGGAUGACGUGAAGGUUAACGAGGAACGCGCAGCUUUGCAAAGUCGAUUGGACGAUACGUCACAAAUGUUAGGUCGUUUGAAACAAGUGCAGCAUGAGAGGCUCUCAGCUCCACCACCUGCACACUUGACGAAUGUUCCAAAACCUUCAGAGACAGAAGUAGCGAUAGCUGACAAGAUCACCGAUAAUUUAACAGAAAUAGCGAAGAAACUUCCACCUUCAGCUAUCGCACCCGUAGAUGGUUUGCGAAGAGCUAUGGGCAUCGCACCUCUUGGUGGACCAGAGCCUAUGGAAGUGGAACCGAUCACGCAUAACCCAACGAUCGUCGCUGAGAAUAACUUACUGCAAGCUAGCAGCAAUCAAGUCCCUGCGAAUCUCUUAUCUACCCCAUCACCGAUUCAGAACACUAAUUUGCUCAGUCCAACCAGUCAACAAACUCAGCCUAUCAAUAUUGUGAAUACUAAUCAGCCGCCUAUACAGAUACAGAUUGGUAUGGCUCACAGUCAGACACCUCCAUCUUUAUUAAGUACGUCAGAGGCGUCUGCGGUUCCAGAUUUGGAAACGGAACUUCGAGAGUUUCUAGAAAGUGAUCCUACAUUAGGACAUUCACCGCUUCACGACGACAAAACAUUGGAGGAUAUUUUAUCUGAGUCUUAAUGUGCACGAUUCUUAAGAUAUAUGAUUUUUAUUGAAAUAUACCUCCUACAGGUUGUACAUUUUAUUACAUAUAUACAGUAGGUUUAAUGUCAAGCGUUCGGCUAAUAAAUAAGAUCGUACUCUGUAAUGUAACGUCAUUCAAUCAAU